AUAACUCUCAUUUCAGGUGCUCUAAUGGCCCCAUCACCUGUUUUCAGAUUUGUUUUGUUUUGAGUUUUUUUUUUUAAUCAAAGUUGUCCUCAUAAAAAACACACCAAGCCGACAAUUUUGCUGCUUUUGCUUGAACUUUUUCCCCUUUCUCUGGAGUGUUCUGAUUGGAUUUUUCAGAGUGUCGAUCGUCCCCGCCGCAAAGCUGAAGUUCAUCGUGAUCAUCUUGGCCGCCGGCAUGGUGGCCUUCAUCGGCGCCGUUAUCUGCAUCAUCGCGGCCGUCCACACCGGCACCACGAAGGCGGCGCGGUAUCAAUCGGCGGCCGACAACCGCUCCGUGUAUCCGGCCGGCGCCACCCAGCCCCCGGCGAGCAGAGGCUCGGCGGCCCGGGCCGGAUCACUGGGCGCUCUCCAUGGUUCUGAAGUGCCCAAUUCCGAGGCGCCCACCUUCCAUGGCGGACUCGGCGGUCCGGACGGGGUCAUCGGACUCACCGGGCACGACCCGGCCGUCAGUCGACUCAUAUGCACGCCGAUCCCGGCUGGAGAGUGCGACCCGAAAAACUUUCAGCAACAAGCGGACGGCCCCUCGCUGUACGUGGGGGAGGACUGGGGCUACCUCCGCACCACCGCCGACGAGCUCAGGCAGACCGUCCGGCAGCAAAAGGAGCAAAUACAGACGGACCAGCAGACCAUCAAGAAUCUCAUCGGCAAACUAUCCGAGUGCGAGGAAGGCACGAAGGGUCGGACCGACAGACGCGGGGGCGCAGUGGGCUUAUGGGGCGGCAAAAGCCCGGCUCAACUGGAGCGGGUGAUGGUGCGGGACAGCCCGGCGUCCGCCCCCGACCACAUGCUCACAGCCCGGGCUGUGGAUGAGCUGGAGCAGGCGAUCAGUCAGCUCAAAGACCGCAUAGAGCGACUGGAGGCGGACAUCAACCUGUUUCCUCACAACCAGACUGACAUCACCACCUCAGCGGUGGUGGAGGACGGAGGGAAGUCGGGAGGCCCGGAGAGGCCAUCUGACCCUCGACACAACGCUGGCUCCAACAGGCGGUGGAGGAUGGACGACUUGGAAGGGGAGCUUGAAAGGAAGGUGGAGCUGUUGGAGAAAGAGAGAAAAGCCUUGAGGCUGGAAACUGAAAGACACAGGCAGGAAAUGGACCGGGGAAUCACUGAGCUCCAACAUCGGAUCUCAGGACUGGAGGAAGCUAAUUCCUUCCCAGAGGGCUUCAGGCUGUCCUUCCCAUCGCGUACAAACUACAUGUAUGCUGUGGUAAAACAGUCAGUCCCAAAGUUGGGGGCCCUCAGCAUCUGCCUGUGGCUUCGACCGACAGAAGUAGGCAUCGGGACGCCGCUGUCUUACGCUGUUCCUGAGCAACUCAACGAACUGGCGCUGCUGCAAGGCCUGCACACGCCGAUGGAGCUGCUCAUCAACGACAAGGUGGCACGGUUACCUCUGAACCUUUCCAGAGGCAGCUGGCAGCACAUAUGUGUGACCUGGAGUCAAAAAGGAGGAGACUGGCAGGCCUACCAAGGGGGGAAGCUGAGGGGAGAAGGCCAUGGACUGGCAGCUGGACAUGACAUUAGACCAGGAGGAGUUUUAAUCCUGGGCCAGGAGCAGGAUUCCCUUGGCGGAGGCUUUGACUCAACUCAAGCUUUGGUCGGAGAGUUGUCCCAGAUGGGUCUCUGGGACCGAGUCCUAUCAACCGGCCAGGUGGCCAGCUUGGCUCGCUGUGGGAUGGUAACCCAGGGCAGCGUGGUUCCUUGGACGGAGCGCGGAAUGGAGGUUUACGGCGGAGCCACCAAGUACCCGGGGGAGCCUUGUAGUAAACACAGCCGGAGUUCAAAGUGAAAGAUGGAGAGUUUGAGGAAAAAGAGAGGGCGGGGAGACGGAAAGUUGCACACGAAAAAAUUUGAGAACGACACAUCUUUGUUAACCUAGUCUAUGUGGCAUGAGUAGGGAUAGGGAGACAAAGGCAUUAGACCAGUAGGAAGUAAAAUACAGGCUCCUCUUUGCAGCUAGUACUGCCAGAACCAAUCCCAAUAAUGUUGGUAUGUAGUCAUAUUUUACUCCACAUAGGGCCUGAUCUACUAAAAGCUAGUGUAUAUUAGAACAUGUGCAAACUUGAUAGCAUACACAAAGUCCAAGGAUUGCAUCUCUUGAAUGGUCACAGUAGAAAAGCGCAAUCCAUUUAACAUUUGUCCUCGUGAAUAAGCGGAUGUGUAGAAUCCUUGUUUCUAAACAUCGAUUUUCGCGUCAUAAUAUCACUUCCGUUCUGAGUUUUUUAAAUGAAAUUAUCAAAAAAAUACGACCUAAAUAAAACUUGUUGAAUACUCUCCUUAGCCGCAGGUACUCACUGUUUCUCUUGCCUUAACAUCACACAGUGAGUUGCAGGACAGAGAGAUAAUCAGGGCGCCAAAACAAGCUCGCUCGCUAGCAUAGUUAGCAUGAUCUAGCUAGCUUACUGGUUGUUGCCUUCGUUCCCUCUCUAAAUCCACAACGUUGACGGCUUUCUACUUUGCUGCUAAACAUAUUCGGAUGAUUACAAUCCAAUCACUGUUAGUUCCGUACCAGUUGUAGUUGUACAGUCUUUAUUAGUAGGUAUAUGUUUGACGUGACGGGUGUAAACAAAGGUCACAACACCGGAGUUCCGAUCAAAAGUUUACAUACACUUGUAAAGAACAUAAUGUCAUGGCUGUAUUGAGUUUCCAAUACUUUCUACAACUCUUAUUGUUUGUGAUAGAGUGAUUGGAGCACAUACUUUUUGGUCACAAAAAACAUUAAUGAAGUUUUUUUUUUUAAAUUAAUUUAUUAUGGGUCUACUGAAAAUCACAUGGACAAAGAUAACAACUUCUUGUCCUGUUGGAACACCCAACUGCGCCCAAGACCCAACCUCCGGGCUGAUGAUUUUAGGUUUCCUGAAGAAUUUGGAGGUAACCCUCCUUUUUCAUUGUCCCAUUUAAAGCACCAGUUCCACUGGCAGCAAAACAGGCCCAGAACUUAAGACUACCACCACCAUGAUUGACGGUGGGAACGGUGUUCCUGGGAUUAAAGGCCUCACCUUUUCUCCUCCAAAAAUAUUGUUGGGUAUUGUGGCCAAACAGCUCAAUUUUUGUUUCAUCUGACCUCAGAACUUUCCUCCAGAAGGUCUUAUCUAUGUGAUUUUCAGUAGACCCAAAAUAAAUUCAUUUAAAAAAAAAAAAACUUCAUGAAUGUUUUUUGUGACCAACAAGUAAGUGCUUCAAUCACUCGAUCACAAAAAAUAAGAGAUGUAGAAAUUAUUGGGAAGUCUAGACAGCCAUGACAUUAUGUUCUUUACAAGUGUAUGUAAACUUUUGAUCGCGACUGUAUGUUAUUCGAGGGUAGAUAGAGUUGCCAAAUGGGAAACGUUUUCUGAGUUCUCUGCUGCAUGUUAUAGAAUUUUACAUUACAUUUUGAAUGAUGAAAAUGUUAGUAAAUUAUCUACUAAAACAAACAAAAAUGUAUGUGGUACAUUACAUGGGACACAUAAGUGUCAAAAGGACAGCCAAGAAAAUCUAAAAUGUAAAAUAUAGUAAAGAAAUGCACCCAAUUGCAGGAAAUGUAGUCUUGAUUUGUGUGAUUUAUCAAGACUAAAACUGUUCUGCGGCCCUGUUUUGCAGUUAUAUCUAGCAUGUCAAAAAGUGUGUGUACACUAACUUAGGCACAAAUGGCUUUAAAAAACAAAAACAAAAAAAGGAGUUGAUCACAUUACUAAAACAAACGAUAGAGAAAUAAUCUUCCAUCCGUGUGCAUAUCAACAUAUUUGGACCGUCAAAAGUAAUAAAAAUUAGAUAUAUAGUCAAUUCAGCAAUUAUAUUUUAUAAAUUAGUAGCUGCUAAAAGACUUAAGAGGUUGAUUAAAACUAAUUUAAUUGAUUUGUUUUGGUGUCUGCUUGCAUUUUAAUAGUGUUUUUUUUUUUUCAUGUAAGUGAUAUAUUAUUGAUAUAGGAAUAUAUCUUCUGUAUGAAAAAACUUGGUGCUAUAUACAUUUUUUUGCUACUAAAUCGUUCCAGAUGAACCGUCACGACACCGGUGCCUGCCAAAACGCGCUUUUUUAGAUCCCACUUAUCACAGAUGUACAACACAUAUAUAUAUAUAUAUAUAUAUAUAUAUAUAUAUAUAUAUAUAUAUAUAUAUAUGUAUAUACACACACACACACACACACACACACACACACAGAGCUAGACCCCUGGCCAAAUUGUUUUAACCUAAUGCGGCCCCCCAGUCAAAAAGUUUGGGGAUCCCUGAUGUAAAUAGAUAAGAAUAAUGCAUAUGUUUCUUAAAUAAACAGUCAAUAAAAUUUAAGUAAACAAAAAUACAGCUGUAUCACCAUCCAUCCAUCCAUUUUCUACCGCUUAUUCCCCCUGGGGUCGCUGGAGCCUAUCUCAGCUACAAGUGGGCGGAAGGCGGUGUACACCCUGGACAAGUCGCCACCUCAUCGUAGGGCCAACAAAGAUAGACAGCCCACAUUCACACUCACAUUCAAACACAGCUUCAUCACUUAAGUCAUAAUUAUUUGCGCUCAGAGAACUUCUUUAUGAAUUUCGCUCCUGACUGUUUGUUUGAAAUUGUCAUUACUGCUGGCCCUGCUAUGAGGUGGCUACUUGUCCAGAAUGUGCCCGCCUUCUUCCCAUGUGCAGCUGAGAUAGGCUCUAGCGCCCCCCGCGACCUCGUAAAGGACAAGCGGUAGAAAAUGGAUGGAUGGAUGGAUGUCAUUACUGCUACAAGUGGUGAAAAAAUGUAUUACAACUGGGUACCGCUGCAGCCCAUACGGACCACAGCUGAGAAACAGAUCAUUUUCCGUGGCCCAACAAUGGGCUCUAUGGUUAAGAAACACUGGUAUACAUUAUAAUUGUGUGCUGCAUAUUCCACAACAUGUCAAAACAGCACAGGCUGGAUGUCUGCACGACCUUUGCACUUGCUAUCAAUUGUGCACGCAGUCUUAGUAGAUCACCUGCAUUUUUUUUUUUUUUUUACUUUGCCCAUGCUAUUCGGCACUUAGUAGAUCAGGCCCAGAAUGCACUCCAAUAAUAGCUUACAAGAUAAGAGUGUGUCAAUGCCGUGACACUUAAUAAAAAUAAAAUAUUUUGUGUGGAUUUAUAAACCAGCAAUCUAAAUGUAACCUGUUGUGUUUUACUGUUAACUAACAACUCAGCCAUUUGCCAGAUAUUACUACAAGCUGACCUGAAGUGGUCAUGUCCGUUCAGUCUAGACUAAUAAUGCAAGACGUUUAUUUCCUGUAACUGCUAGAAUGAAUCCAUCUGGGCUAUGUGAAGGUAAUUAAGGGCUCUGACAGCUGACACUAAAGGUGGGAUGAUGCAACGUGUUAAAAGGAGUGGCUAGGAGUACCAAGAAGCUGAUGGUAUUAAGAAUGCAAUGAUGAAAGGCAAGGGAAAGAGUUAUUCUGAGAGACCUGCAUGUUGAAUUCAUAAGUGUAAUGUCUUGCCAGUGCAAUGUUUAUCAUCAACUACACAAAUAAGCACAGUGCCUACCACAUCACCUUACGUCAUAUAAGUGGAUUCUAGCUCUGUAGUCUUACGAAUUAUUUGCUUUACAUGAUAAAAUUAUAUUUUUUUUAAUAUUUCCUCUGUGCACAUUUGGAAAAUCGAACCAAACACUAAUUUAUAUUGCCAUACGUUUGGCUUUCAGAACACAACAUUGAGUCUCCACAAUGGCCGUGGUAUUUAUUGUCACAGAAACCGACCAUAAUGACGAUUCCAGGUCACGCGCUUACGUGGUGCAAGUGACACAAUUCUGAAUCUUGCUCUCGAGUGGCCCAAUGCGGAUAUGGGUCAUUGCAGCAUAAAGAUUAGAUAUCCUCAGAGCUGAAUCAGGCCUCGUGCAAAGGUUGCGCCAUACAGUAAAAGAAGGGUAGGAUACUGUGUGUCCAAUGUGCGGCCCAAAGCUAUUUUUCUAACGGCCCGCGACACAUUUUAAAAAUACUAUUAAAAAAACUUAAAAAGUGGAAUAAAAAAAGCAAACGGGUGUAAUGUAAGGAGAAGUUGUUGCAUUAUUGACACUAAUAACACAAAGAUGCCAUGCAAGUAGUUUUUUACUUUAAACUGUCAUUGAUAAAAAAAAUGUAAAAAAAACAAUCAACGGAUACAUCCGAAGUUGACCCAGAGAAAAUAAUAUUUAUUGAUAUAUGACUUAUUUUUCAAGUACCUAGGAGUCUUGUUCACGAGUGGAGGAAGAGUGGAUCGUGAGAUCGACAGGCGGAUCGGUGCAGCAUCUUCAGUAAUGCGGACGUUGUACCGGUCAGUUGUGGUGAAGAAGGAGCUGAGCCGGAAGGCAAAGCUCUCAAUUUACCGGUCGAUCUACGUUCCCAUCCUCACCUAUGGUCAUGAGCUUUGGGUCAUGACCGAAAGGAUAAGAUCACGGGUACAAGCGGCCGAAAUGAGUUUCCUCCGCCGGGUGGCGGGGCUCUCCCUUAGAGAUAGGGUGAGAAGCUCUGCCAUCCGGGAGGAACUCAAAGUAAAGCCGCUGCUCCUCCACAUCGAGAGGAGCCAGAUGAGGUGGCUCGGGCAUCUGGUCAGGAUGCCACCCGAACGCCUCCCUAGGGAGGUGUUUAGGGCACGUCCAACGGCCACGGAGAAGACCCAGGACACGUUGGGAAGACUAUGUCUCCCGGCUGGCCUGGGAACGCGCCGGGAUCCCCCGGGAAGAGCUAGACGAAGUGGCUGGGGAGAGGGAACUCUGGGCUUCCCUGCUUAGGCUGCUGCCCCCGCGACCCGACCUCGGUUAAGCGGAAGAUGAUGGAUGGAUGGAUGGACUUAUUUUUAGCACAGUGGUAGCUUUUUGGAUGCCUGAGAUUAUUUUUACUUUUCCUUUUUUUUUUUAUAACUGUCAUUGUUCGAAAAAUACUAAUGAACCAAAAUCAAUGUUGUCGUGAAUUAUUUACCUAUUUAAAAGACUGCAUUUUUUUUAAUUUUGCCUAUUGUUCACAAUCAUUAUGAAAGACAUGACGGAUUUAUUUAAAAAAAAAAUUAUUCUAAAGGUAAAUAAGUCAGCUUACAGUGGAGCCAAAAGGGGUGUCCUCUAUUUCGUCCAUAAAAUGUGAUAAAUAACCAUUCAAAAAGCGCCAACAAUAUCCCAUUUCCAUUUCCUGACUUGAAUAUUAACCAAGUAUUAGUGAUAUUGUUACUAUAAGCGCUAGCGCUCACAAACCAUGUAUAGUGGUGGCAUGAUCACUAGUUUGCGUGCCAAUUUUGACAUCAUCAAUUGGUCAGCUGCAUUCUUACUUUACUGCUCGUGGAAAUUUAUUGUAGAUCAUAUAUCAUUCCUAUCACCUGGAUAGCAGAAGGAUGAGGAUGUAAUACACUUUGACAGUGAAUUUAAAGGGACACAAAAAGAAGUUUGGUCCCACUCUCCUUUUAUUUGCAAGGAUUUUGAGUUAGUUAAUUAUAUUUAUAUAGCGCUUUUUCUCUAGUGACUCAAAGCACUUUACAUUGUGAAACCCAAUAUCUAAGUUACAUUUAAACCAGUGUGGGUGGCACUGGGAGCAGGUGGGUAAAGUGUCUUGCCCAAGGACACAACGGCAGUAACUAGGAUGGCGGAAGCGGGGAUCGAACCUGCAACCCUCAAGUUGCUGGCACGGCCACUCUACCAACCGAGCUAUGUGUUUCAAGUCUGCAGUGAGUAAUGAUCAGUGAUGUAGUUGAAAACAAGGCGAACGUUGCGAUGCGUUUUUUUAAAUUAAUGCGCAUGCUUAAAAUGAUCAAAAUAUGUAAAUAUGAAAUGUUAAUAUAAAUGUGCCUGUUACUAAAUUACAUAUACGCACAUGUACAUAAAACCUAAUGGAGGUGUUUGGAUGUUAUUUUAAGGGUUUUAUAGGCAGAAUAGAGCUGCCCCCAUAGACUCCAUUGUAAGUGGACUUUGAUCGCAUUUAUUUAAAGGCCUCCUGAAAUGAGAUUUUCUCAUUUAAACGGGGAUAGCAGGUCCAUUCUAUGUGUCAUACUUGAUCAUUUCGCGAUAUUGCCAUAUUUUCGCUGAAAGGAUUUAGUAGAGAACAUCGACUUUUGGUCGCCAAUAAAAAAGCCUUGCCUUUACCAGAAGUCACAGUCGAUGACGUCACCCGUGUGAGGGCUCCUCACAUCCUCAAAUUGUUUAUAAUGGGAACCUCCAACAAAAAGAGCUAUUCGGACUGAGAAAACGACAAUUCCCCCAUUAAUUUGACGAGCAUGAAAGAUUCGUGGCUGAGGAUAUUGAUAGCGAAGGACUAAAAAAUAAAAUAAAAUAAAAUAAAUAAAGUUUAAAAAAAAAAGGUGAUUGCAUUGUGAGCGAUUCAGAUGUUUUUAGACACAUUUACUAGGAUAAUUCUGGGAAAUCCCUUAUCUUUCUAUUGUGUUACUAGUGUUUUAGUGAGAUUAUAUAGUACCUGAUAGUCGGAGGGGUGUGUCCACGGGUGUGUUGACGCCAGUCUUUGAGGGAAUUAGUCACGGCAGCAGCAGCACGACGGAAGUUCCACUGAUUUCCGGUAAGAGGCGACUUUUUACCACAAUUUUCUCACCAAAACCUGCCAGUUAACAAGUAGUCGGGAUCCAUGUUUGCUUGACCGCUCUGAUCCAUAGUAAAGCUUCACCUCUGGAAAUUUUAAACAAGGAAACACCGUGUGUUCCCACCUCCAUCUUUUUACUUUGACUUCUCCAUUAUUAAUGAAGAAAUUGCAAAAGAUUCAGCAACAUAGAUGUACAGAAUACUGUGUAAUUGCGCGAUGAAAAGAGACGACUUUUAGCCGCUAGUGGUGCUGCGCUAUGUCCCCUCCAACUCGAGACGUCAAACGCACACGUCAUCAUUCCCCGACGUUUUCAACAAGAAACUCCACGGGAAAUUUUAAAUUGCAAUUUAGUAAACUAAAAAGGCUGUAUUGGCAUGUGUUGCAAUGUUAAUAUUUCAUCAUUGAUAUAUAAACUAUCAGACUGCGUGGUGGGUAGUAGUGGGUUUCAGUAGGCCUUUAAUAUACUGUAUAGUUCUUGUCUUACAUAUUGAUUGUGAAUAAUCGAUUAAAUAAAAGUGUGUUUCCAUUUAAGGGUCCAAUUAUUUCACAAUUAAAUAUUCCAAUGAGUAAAUAUAUGUUGUGUUUUUCCUAGUAAAUCAAGGUUUUGACGACACAUAAAAAAUAGUUAUAACUUCAUGUCGACGGAUGUAUCUGAAGUUGAACCAUAGAUAUUGAAAGUAAAAAAGAGAUAUUAUAAUAUUACCCUUUUUAACACUUUAUUGACUGAGACCCAAUAGGGUGCCCAGGACCUUUAACAUUAACUAAAACUGAGGGAAGCCCUAAUCUUUAAUUUUUCAGUGGAAAUAGUCUGUGGAUCAUGUCAACACGGGUAUAAUAAAACAACACAAAUAACGGAGUGCUUGCAUGCAAAAACACGUGGAGACUCUCCAUAAUGAAAUCCACAUUUGUGAUAAACCGACAACCCUCGGCUUCUUCUCAUCUCCUGCCUGAGCUUGUCGCGUCUGAAAUAUUUCCAGAAUCAUGUGAAAUGUCAUCCUCAAGUACACAAUGACAGGUGACAGAAUUUUUCAAAAACAGCGCCUGUCAACAGCAGAUAUAAAUAUACUUCAGUGUGAAUCCGGCACCCACGUUGACAUCUUUCAAAUUCCAUAUUGUUCAGUCGGAAAAACGACAAUGUAUUCUCUUCACGUUUAGCGCCAAUGUUUCGUCCCUGCAGAUAGUUUAAGUGGUUUGAUACAGGAAAAUAAAAGAUGAAUGCCAAAUCAUCAUGUGCCUAAUAUCGUGUCCAUGGUUGCUUUCCAGUGUGCAAUGUUGAUAAGAAUCCUUGCCUGCUUAUUUAUGUCACAUCUUGUCGGAACAUUUUGAUCGUGUGGUGACAUUAAAACGUGGCACUGAAAAAUAAGCCUUUAAAGUCAUUUGGGAAUCUAUUCCCUUGUUAUUCUGUCCAUUAAUACUGGAUUGACAUGUCUUGGUCUGUGUUGUAUUGAUGUUUACUGUCAUUUAUUACAAUUAAAUUACAGAUUUUCCACAACUAGAA